UAUCUUCCCGUUUGAAGUCUCUAAAACACGCAGGCUUUAAACUCUACACAAUUACGUGUGACCCCAGGAAAGGUUGUCACAUGUAAGUGUUUAGUUAGUGUGUGUGUGUGUGUGUGUGUGUGUGUGUGUAUGGGGGUGGGGAUGAAGGGACGAGUGACUGUACAAGACACAUCGUAUGUGUUACAGGAUUACUAGGAUACACCGUGGAGUAAAACUGAUAGAGGAAAAAAUAGAAGAGAGAAAGAAAGAAACGCAGAUGGAUAAUCCUUCUUCCAACCAGUGGCUAAACUAACCAUCUUCACCAAAAUGCCACCUAAAGGGACACCAGUUUGUUUCCACCAGGGCAGCAACCCAAAACUUCAUUAUCUAUGGUAUGCAUUUAUAAAUUCUAUUUGAGGAUUUUUUUUGCCUUUAAUCUGCGCAAGUGUCUCAACUAAAAGCGUCUGAAGCGCAUCUCCGAAAUGGAUAAUUUAUUCCGGCGCAACAGAGUCUUAAAGACCUUGCUGAGUUUGACUUUAGUGUUUGCCACUUUGCUGAUGAUUCAAAAGUUCAAAGUGGUGGACAUCCGAAUGAAGGAGGUGCGUUUGGAUCUAAAAAGCAACUGGUGCGUUUCUCCACAAUGCAAGACUAAAGCCGCUGAUGGAAACGCGUCGGCUCCGGUCACUCAGCGCGCUCCGGCUGCCUGGAACAUCACCGCUAUUACCUGCACUGCCGAUUCCGGUCUGCGCACUCAGAGCUGGUUUAGGACUCUGGACUCCAGGUUUCACGAAUUCGUCCUGCACAGACACUGCAGGUAUUUCCCCAUGGUCAUAAAUCACCCCGAGAAGUGCUCUGGGGACGUGGAUCUGCUCAUCGUGGUGAAGUCGGUUAUAGAACAGCACGACCGCCGCGAGGCUGUGCGUCUCACCUGGGGCAAAGAGCGCACCAUCGGUGGGAAAAGAGUCAAAACCCUGUUCCUGCUGGGCACCCCUGCGCCUGGAAAGGACUCCAAAAACCUACAGAAACUCCUAGAAUACGAGGACAGAAUCUAUAGAGAUAUACUGCAAUGGGAUUUCAUGGAUACCUUUUUCAACCUCACAUUAAAGGAGGUCAAUUUUCUGAGGUGGUUCAACAUCUACUGCACAAAUGUGCCCUUCAUUUUCAAAGGGGAUGAUGAUGUCUUCGUCAACCCAACUAACCUGGUGGAUCUCAUAGACUUCCGAACACAGGAGGGCAAAGAGCGUGACCUGUUUAUUGGGGACACCAUUUCAAAAGCAGCGCCUAUUAGAAAUCGGCAGAGUAAGUACUAUAUACCCAAAGAGCUAUAUAACGAGCCAUAUCCACCCUACGUAGGUGGUGGAGGGUUUCUCAUGUCCUCUCAGCUGGCAUAUAGAUUUUUUGCAGUGUCCGAGAGUGUGAAGCUUUUCCCCAUUGAUGACGUCUUCUUGGGCAUGUGCCUUCAGAAGUUAGGGCUGGCACCAGAAAUGCACCCAGGCUUUAAAACAUUUGGGAUCGUGAGGCGCAAGGUGAGCCAGAUGAACAGUGAGCCAUGUUUCUACCGCCACCUCAUUGUGGUGCACAAACUAAGCCCAGAGGAACUGCUGAGGAUGUGGGACACAGUGCACGACGUGAAGCUUACCUGUGCCAGAAAGGGUAUCGAUUGACCCCAGAACUUGGGUGAAAACCUUGAACACUAGUCAACAGUUUUGUGUUCUUUGUUCAUUUACUGUUUGUUCCGUUAUCAUUAUUCAUGCUCUUGGUAUCAUUUGAUUCAAAAGUGUCACUGUUGGGAACUAUAGGUGAAAGCAUGCUUCAAUAUAAUUAAUAAUAAUAAUAAUAAUAAUAAUAAUAAUAAUAAUAAUAAUGAUACAGGGUGUCCCAAAUGUCUCCAUACAUAGGGGAAUAUAUUUUCCAGACCACAUCAGUUGUGCCUUCAUGAGUGGAUGUUGGUGGACAUUCAGUUCUCGGUCUGCAACACUUCCAGUCUAUUUUGUUAAUAAGUUUGGCAAACUGCUGCGUAUGGUGUGCUUGCAUUAUUUCCAGUUAGUCAAUCGCAACCUUGCAACAGCUUCCUAAUCCACCCAUGAGAAUGAUUUCAAUAUGUCCUUCUUUUGUCAAAGGCAUUCUUAAAGGCUACCUGGAAAAAUAAAUAAAUACAUACAUAACAAUAUUAUAUAUAUAUAUAUAUAUAUAUAUAUAUAUAUAUAUAUAUAUAUAUAUUACACACACACUAAUAAAACAUUUUAGAAGACAUUUGUUAAAAAAGUGUUAAUUUCCUCUAUGUAUGGAGUCUUUUGGGACACCCUGUAACAACAACAACAACAACAACAACAACAACAACAACAACAACAACAACAAUAAUAAUAACUUCCCAUUCAGGGAAAUUUACUUAAACAUAAAUAUGCUCUAAAGGUUUCUUUUCAGCAGCCGAGAGACCUUUAAACAGUGGAUUAAUGCAAUUCCUGUCAUGCAGUGUGUGAAGUCUUUUUACAGCAGAAAACCAAAGAAAAGACCUAAAGUUUCCUGCUGGAGUUUUUGUGUGGAUGUCAAACAUUAAUUAUGCUUUGUUGCAUAAAAAUCAAGCUAGCUACUUUUCCAAAAAAAAGGAAACUUUAAAGCCACUUUUUUUUUUUUGCGCUGAGCCAUUUUUGUUUUACAGUGUUUAAAGAUAAACCAAGACGAGAAGAAUAUGCUGUUCUUUGAAUCAUUAUAUAGAUGUAUUUAUUUUCUGAUGGUAUUUUUUCAGUUAUAAGGACAAAUGCUCAGAAAAUAGAGACUGAAUAGCAUGCGCUAAAAGCAAAGCGUUGCAUCUAAACUGCAGCCAGUAAAAUAGCAAGUGAAAUGUAUGGCAUAUUCCUUGAAAGUCGAAUGGAGAACUAUAUUUGUUAUCCGUUCAUAAGCGAACUUUGUAAGUGUACUUUUUCACCUGCCUCAUUUGAAUCCAUGAUGGGACAUCCUGAAGUAAUAAGGGUUACCCCAUUUUCAUCUGAAUGGCUCUUAUUUAACUAUCCCACAUUUAAAUAGUGUGGUUUUAAACUGGGAGUAGAAAGAACAGCAUCCUUUCAUUGUCUAUGAAGAGACUGACUUCAGUGAAAUACUAUGCUUUAGUCAUUUUAUUUAUCCAAACACAUGGCUCUUCAGAUGCAAAACAGUGGAAAGACUUUUCACCGGCAUUCGUACAUUUACAGUAACCACCAGGUUCACAUGACAUUUAUUGGGACCAAUUUGUUACUUAUACUCUCAAUCAAAUUAUGAAAAUGAUUACAGCAUGAGAAGACUGUUUCACAUAGGAAAAAUAUCAUUAUAAAUGGUCUAUCACUGUGCAUUUAUGGAAAGAUGUAUAUGUUUACAAUGUAUUCUAAUGUUGUUUUUUUUCCUGUUACUUGCUCAGUUGUGAUAAGGCAACAUCACUGCCUUGAUUGCAAACACAACACAAGGAGUUUAUUUAAUUAAACAUAUUUUAAUUCCAUCAAGGACACUUCAAUCCAGCAAAAUGAUUUCAUGUAAUGUUCAUAUUUACAUUUUUACAUCUAGAUUUGGUAACCGUACAGGUAUAUUUAUACAUUUACAGAUUUAUUUGUUAUAGGUUACGUUUCUAGUGUUUUAAGCUACUUAAUUGACAAAUCCACACUGUUUGACAUUAUUGAAUAAAUACAUUUUAAUACCCUUUUUGGAAAUGUAACAAAUAUAAACACUGCCUUUAGAGCAUUUAUACAGAAAUCCACAAACAAAUCCACAAAAUAGCAAAAAGCAUCAAUAGUUCUUUAAAUAUAAAAGCUUUUCAGUGUUUACAAUGAUUUUGAUAUUAGUCACUACAUCACCAUAUGACUCAUGGCCAAAAAUAUCUUUCAUCAGUUUGACUGAAAUGAAUAAAAGUCUAUGAUACAACUGUCAUUAAAUAUAGAAGUGGGUGUAUUGAAUGCUGAAAUACUGUUUACAUGUUAAUAUUAUAAUAUUCAUGACAGUUUCACCAUCACUGCAGGGUCCUGUGUGG